AUGCCCAAGAGCAAAGUUCAACGAAGACGUUUGGCCCUAUUGGGCGCCACAGGGCGUACAGGCCACCAGAUACUGCAGAAGCUCCUUCAGGAGCCAAUCGUUGGAUCGAUAUCCACGUCUAUUCUCAACGACAAGACCUUAAUCCGCGAGUGUCUGGCCCAGGUCGACACGAUCAUCUGCAUCAUCGGCGAAAACGAGAACAUCCCCGGCGUCACCGUGCUACAAGACAGCGCCCGAGUAACCCUAACAGCGCUAUCAUCGCUCAAAACCCCAACGACAAAAACGAAAACACCAUCCCGCCUCCUCCUCUCAUCCGGAACAUGGAACCUGCGCUUCGCAGCGACCCGUCCCGUGCUGCUAGACUGGAUGAUCCGGAAUGCCUUACAACGACCUAAUCAAAGCGCAGAGAAUGCUCCGCGCUGCACCCUCACUUGUCCGUGUCCUAUGAGGAUCUGGCGGAUGGGGUUUGUGCAGUUGGUUAUUGGGAGGUUUGCGGACGAUACCGUUGGGGUUGGGGUGUCGAGUCAGAAAGCGAAGAGGCCGGUGUUGUAUGUGCCGUUUGUGUUGGGGAAGGUUUUUAGGGGGUUGUUGUUUCGGUUUGUGCCGGGGUAUUGGAAGGCUGAGUAUGCUGUUUCGGGGUUUGUGGGGCGUUGGCAGAAGCCCAAGAACUGAUUUCCCUCCUUUUGAUGCAACCAAGGGAAAAUGUACUAUAGGACCUGGGAAGCAUGUAAGUCACAUCCAUAGACAGACCAUAUCUAACGAAAGAAAAGACAUACCUUUUUGCCCCAUCAAUCACUAAUUAGGCAACACACCCUGCCAAUCACCAAACGGAUUCCCCAUACCCGGCACACUCCACCCAAACGCCAUC